GCACACAACAUUUUGAUUUCCUUGUAUUGUUUACGUGAAUUUGCAACAGUUACAAUACAGUAAAUAUACUUAACUCUUUAUAGGGCAAGUGACGAUUAAAUAUUAGCUUAAUUAUAGUAGGUUUUUUUCUCUAAUUAACCAUAGUUGCAUUUAUAAUAAGGAAAAUAUAUUUAAAAAAUAAGUCAACAUGGAUUAGACGUCUAGCGCCAUCAAUGGCAGCUAAUGAGUUCAAUGAGUGCCUUUCUAGGGUUUAAAAAAAAAAAAAAAAAAAAAAAAAGCUUAUUUUGUACAUGAAAGCAUAAAAAGAAAAAAACUAAGUCCAGGCAUCAAUAUAUGUGGACAUUUUGGAUCAUGUUGGCCACAAAAUUAACAUUUGUGAUACAAGUUUGUCCAUCCAUGUGCCAAAAUGUGACGUCCACAUGUAUGUGGACACCAGGUCUCUAUACUGAUAUUAUAUUUUUAUCAAAAAUCAUUAUUUGAAUAUUUGUUAUGAAUAAAUAACAUUAUGAAUUUGUAAAAUGUUAAUAAAUGAUACAAAAUACACUUGUUUUGGCCCCCAAUAACACUGUAAGGUCUAAAAAAAAAAAUUUCUGUAAUAUUAACGUAUUUCCUGCCACUGACAGCGAUAGAAGUCCAAUUCAUUGAAACUGGGACCACCGGCUCCCAUGUUCAUGCGGUCCUCCUAGUCAAAAUGGAUUGGACGUCUAGCUCCGUCGAUGGCAGCCAUUUCGUACAAAGGGGGAAGUAGCACGUCUUUUGCAUGUAACUUUUUUCAAAUAAUUAAAACGAUGGUUUUUUUUGUUAAGUAUCGUAAUUUUCGGACUAUAAGCCACUAGUCUUUUCCCUCAUUUUGAAACCUGCGGUUUAUAGUCCAGUGCGGCUUAAUUGUUGAUUUAUUUGGGUUAAUAGGAAACACUUUCUUUGAUAGCGGCAUCAUAAGACUGCCAUUAGACCAUCAUAGUUAUGACAUGACUCUAUCAUGGGCAUUAAUGACGUUGAAUUAUGUCACUAACUCCAUUUAUGUCAAGCUCGGAUCUCUACAUUCAUUAAAAAAUAGGAUAAUUUUCCAGACACAAAAUGAAAUCUGUCAUAAGCAUUCAUUAAUGCUUACGGCAGUGUCAUGUCAUAAUUAUGAUGGUAUUAUGACAGUCUUAUGGUGCCACUGUCAAAUAAAAUGUUACCAAAUACUAUAACUAGCAAUUAAUGAAACAACUAGAACAGUAACUGAAGAAAUACUUAGAACAUGAAGUAAUCUGACCUUCCAGCCGAACUGCCGGACCCGCGCCCGUGGGACCCCGGCAAUUCGGCCAGAAGGGCAAACUCCUCGCGUUCACCUUAGUCUUAACUCUUUGUACUCACUCUAUUUUGAAAGAUUUAAAGAAAGCUCACCGAGACCAAGUUGACAAUUUAUUCAGGUCGACAGAGAUCAAAACGGCAAGGUCAAAAAGAAACUCAGGUGGGUAGGCAAGGUCACCCUAGCAUACGUCAGCAAAAGGUUCCUGAGAAAAAUGACAACACUUAGUAAAACAUUCAGUCUUUUGAAGGCUCUCGUGGAGCGGGCUGUGGGCAGGAAGAAGGGUGUGUUUGGGAUUAUUGUCUGUUUGUGGAUUGAACAGGAGGAUUCAGGAGUUACUGUUGUCCGGGCAACGAGGAUGUGGAUUUUGCCACCUAAGUGUCAAAGGGGCUCUUUGAGUCUUGUCGGUCGUGUUAUCAGUUGGAUAUCGGGCAUUCUCCUGUGUUCCUUGUGUUAGGACAGACCAUCCCGCCAUUUGUUGUGGACUGUCCGGGAGAACUGAUUGCAAGACUUGGUGGUGUAGACCUGUGCUUAUCAGCGUCAAUCUUGCUCAGUUAGUUGUGUGACAAGGUGUUGUGUAUCUUUUAUGCCCUAUAUUCUGCUUGUUUUCCUUAAACUAUGGUAUAAGUGCUAUUUAUUUUAUAUUGUGUGUGUUAGAGUAAUACAAACAGUUAUACGGUGCCUACAAGAAAAGGUACUAUCUCCUUCAAACAACAUGAAUUUUGAUGGUUAUUUUCAUCUGUAGCGCUGCAAUGCAUGUUAGGAGGCAAGUUGGACGACAACAGUGUUGACGGAAUGUGGCAGCAGAGGUUGACUGUCUCCCCCAAGGGAGCAGUGAUGGCCAAAUGAAGCUUCUUGAAGCAAUGAUUUGCAGCCAAUUGGUUCAAAGCUUCAUGGUGGUUCAUUUGAUCUUAUGACAGUCAUUUGAUGAUCAAAUAGAGUGUUACCGGUUAAUAUCUUUUGGUGUAAAUAUCCAAUAAUACAGUGAGGACAGCUGCGGCUUAUAGUCCAGUGCAGCUUAUCUAUGAACAAAUGCCAUUUUCAUUGUAAAUUUGGUGGGUGGCGACUUAUAGUCAGAAAAUUACGGUAAUCAGUAAAAGUUUAUGCAAUUCCAGAAUAUAGAAACAUGUUACAAAUCAUUGCUGUCCAAAGAAAAUUAAUUAAAUUAUGAGUUAACUAUAUAAUUCAGUUGAUUUAAUAUAUACUGUAUAUACUUCCCCUAUAGGUCUAAAUGUAUAAUAUUAAAAAAUAAACUUGUGCUUUGUAUUUUGUCUGUGCGUGUAAAUAUGCAUACAGUAUACACAUUUUAAAAACAAUCUACUAUUAGAAAUAUAAUUCAUUAAAUGUCGUACUUUAAAAAUGAUUUUGGGUUUUAGAAGCAAUAUAUAUAAAAAUGUAGCUUUAAAAAAAUACAUUUUAAAUUCAUGUCACUUUGUCAUACAUUACGAUAAUAUGAAACAUGCAGAAAAUGUAUUUUUAGGUUUAAAAAAUCAUGAGUAGUAUGAAAUGAAUAAUUGGUAAUAUGUAUACAUUUAAAAAUUCAUUUAUACUGUACUGUGUAUGCUAAAUAGUAAUUUUAAUUAUAUGUUUGUUGGGUUUUUGUUCAACUUACUGUUUUAAAACAAAUCUGACCAGUCUUUAAGUUUUUUUUUUUCUUCUAAAUAAUAAAUUCUAACUUUGACCCCAAAUUGAGUUGAUUCUGCUGCAAAUAAGUGGUAGAAUAAAAAGAUGCUGGUAUGGGAAGGAAGGAGGAGGAGGAAGAAGAAGGAGGAGCAAAAAUGUAAACCGCUCUGCAUUUCUCGUCACUCCCGUGUCAACUCGACUUGCAUGGAGGUGCCUCAACAAGAAAAAAAAUCUUUAAUGAGAGAACGCACAGUCCAGGCAUGGAGUGCAUCAAAAACUGCUGCAAAAGGUUCAGUAAAAAGCGAGGGAAGGAGACCGAUGAGACUGAAGACAUUGCUGUGCAGAUAGCCCCUAGCAGACCAGCACCCUCCAACAUUGAUGGGAUCAACAAAGACUACCUUCUGUCCAAGAUGCCCACUGAUGGCAAGGAGGUCCCGUUUGUCCUGCCCACAUUGAAGGCAUUGUACGUGCAGCCCGGAGCCACCAAUUCACACAACCUUCGGUGUGUGCAUGGUCCGGCCCGCUGCACUUAUGCGCAGAGGAAAGCCGAGCUGCUGGCUGCUGCCACUCCAUUGGCUUACAGCUGCGAGUCCAAUCUGCACGCUGUCACCGCAGGAACAGAAAGUAUCUCGGCAAACCUGAACCCCCGAGACAAUGAGAGAUACAAAAACUCCUCAGAGUCUUUCUCUGUGUCGGGUGACGACCUGGGGAGGUUGUGUGUUCGACUGAACUACCAGGAGGAGAAGGAGCAGGUGUGGAUCACCUUGGUACAGUGUUCACAACUCAACCUGCCGGUCAACAUAGCGCAAAAGCCAACUAUCCGGAUUAAAGGCAUCAUCAAACUUCCAAAAGCGAUCCACUUCAAGACCUCCGUUAAGGAAUACUGCAAGGAUGCAAACUUCAUGGAGACCUUUGUGUUCGCGUUGAGCUUGCAGACCCUCUGCCGCAGCGCCCUGCUACUGAAGCUGCAGACACGCGGGGCUAAGACGCGCACAGUGGCCGAGUGCGUGCUGUCACUGCGGGGGCUUGGCCCACAGGAGACCGAGGAGUGGUUGCGCCUCCGCAAUCCAGGCGCGGCCUUGGGGGGAGGAUGUAAGCUGCAUCUGGCAACCUGCUUCCAGCCCAUCUGCAGGCGCAUGCAGGUCCGAGUCCUGGCCGCCCAAGACCUGCAGACUAGCUCUUCUUCCCUCCCGCGAGAGUUCGCGGUGACGGUGGAGAUGCGUGGAGCCGAGUGCCCGGCCAGCAAGGAGAAGACGCCAGCGCUCAAGGCCAUUGAGGGCCAGUGUCAGUGGGACGCCACCUUCUACUUUGACCUUGGCUCUCUCCAUCCGGCCUCUUGCCAGCUGUCAAUCAAACUUUUCAGCCGCAGCUCAAUCAAGAAGAAGCGAUGUGUCGGACAGGUCCAAUUGGGAUUUGAUGUACCCACUCCGGAAGCUGCGGAACAGUGGAAGGACACAAUUGAUCAUCCUGAGAAAGUGGUGGCGGUGUGGCAUGCUGUGACAUAAGGUUACAUUGUGCGUGCGGUAUGCAAAGCAGGGGUAGCAGCUCCACAACACAAAUAUUAUCAUGCUGACUGACAGCUGGAAUAUUCAAAACCCACUGCUAUUCCCUACUCAGAUAAACUUCACAUGCUCACUAACGCACUGCACAAGGGAGAACAAGCACGCAAUCUGAGAGCGCGGAUGAUUUACUGGUCACUUUAUUUACACUUCAGUUAUAGGUUGAGAUAAUGAAGUUUUUGGUUGGUCAAAUUUACUUGAGUUAUUAGAAAUUUUGGCACACACACUAACAGGUCUAAAAGCUUACUGAUGUAUUUGGUCGGCUCUAGUACACUUACUAACAGUCUUUGGGUUAUUGGUCAGCCUACUUACAACAAUUGUGUUAUUGACCAUAGUAAUACACUUAUUAAUUUAUUCAUGUUUUAAUUGUUCAACUUAUGAACUGGUUGAAGUUGUGGCUCGGUCCGAGACAUGUACUCAAAGAUUUAAGUUAUUACUUCAAAUAAUUUAUUAACUGGCGGAACUUAUUGGUCAGUUUACUACAUUUAAUAACAUGAUUGGGUUAUUUUUUUGGUCUAAUACACAUACAAAGUAGAUUUUCCAAAUAUUUCAUUCCAUCCAUUGUUGCUUGAAUAUUGUGUGAAGUGUUGUAACUUAUUGAAAAUGGUGUUCAAACCUUAACUGAUAGUGUAUUUUUGAUAGUGAAUUUAAUAUCAUAUUAUUUUAGUGCAAUUAGGCAUAGGCGUCACUGUGUACUUAUCAAUCCAUUUGAUACAUAUGGGAGGACACACCUUUGGUGGGAAGGGAACAGCUGUAAAGGGAACAGAACACACAUUGCGCACAUUAUCGUAAACCAGGUCAGCAACGGCAAUCGGAGGAAUCUUAAGACAAACAGUGAGGGUUGGAAAAACAUCUUGAAUCCCGCGAGGCCAAUUUUUUCUAUUAGAUUCCGUAAAAGAGCCAAUUUCAUCACCAUUUGCUGUUUCUAGGAAAUGGCUGCCAAUCAUUGCACAAGAAUUACAGAGGUGCGGAUGACCGAACAAUAGUGAAGCAACACUCUGUUCUGUUUAGUGAGCGUGACAUCGGGUCAACAGAACCCUCACCGGGGUGACUCACUGGUCCUCAAUGGUUUCAUUUUUGCUGGCUUUUGUCACAAAACGUGUGUUAUCUGAGAGAAAAUAAAGAAAUGAUUCACUUUU